ACAGACAAAAUUAUGUACUGCUAACUAAACGGUGCGUUUUUACGUCCUUUAAUAGAGUACAGACCGGGAGAUCCUUGCCAGAUGACCGUUAGAAACAGCAAUGUCCCUGUGUCGCGCCAAUUUACGAAGUCUAAAAUCUGUGAGAACCUUUGGCUCAGUUUCGGUUUCACAGUCCAACUCUCCUAUAUCUCUAACGAAAUCCUUCAAAUCAGUCACGCAUUAUGAUUGGCGAAGCACUGAUUCCUGCAAAUCUUUGAUAUUUCAUCACCUGAAGAACAAGAGAUUAGACGAAGCUCGCAUGAUUUUUGAUAAAAUCCAGAUGCCAGGUGCGCAUUUAUACAAUAUGAUGAUCGUUGGUUAUGCCCAAAAUGAAAGGCUUGACGUUGCAUUGAGCAUGUUUGACGAAAUGCCCGUUCGAGACUGUGUUUCUUGGAAUUCGAUGAUAAAAGGGUGUUUAGAUUGUGGGUGUUUAGGCAUAGCAAGAAAGCUGUUCAACGAAAUGCCUGAGAGGAGUGUUGUUUCUUGGACAACCAUGGUAAAUGGUUAUCUUCGGUUUAGGCAAGUCGAGCUGGCUGAGGCGUUGUUUCAUGAGAUGCCAGCGAGGGACAUUGCUGCCUGGAACUCGAUGAUUCAUGGAUAUUUUAGUUUUGAUAGAGUGGACGAUGCCAUGAACUUGUUUGAGAAGAUGCCUCGUAGGAAUGUGAUAUCGUGGACUUCAGUGAUCUGUGGGCUUGACCAGUGUGGGAAGAGUGAGGAAGCCUUGAUUCUUUUCAGGAAGAUGAUGGUUUCUGGCGUUGAGCCCACUUCCAGCACGCUCAGUAGUGUGUUGACUGCUAGUGCUAAUGUGUUAGCUUUACAAUUGGGUGUUCAGGUUCAUGGUCAAGUAGUUAGGUUAGGUUACUGCUUCGAUGAAUUUAUAUCUGCUUCACUUAUCUCUUUUUAUGCAAACUGCCAGUAUAUAGAGGAUGCUUGGAAGGUUUUCAAUGAAAAAUUGCAUGAAAGUGUGGUGGUAUGGACUGCUCUUUUAACAGGAUAUGGUUUGAAUGCUAGACACGAAAAUGCACUGAUGGUUUUUGGGGAGAUGAUAAAAAUGGGCAUCCUUCCAAAUCAAUCUACAUUUUGCAGUGCGCUGAAUUCGUGUUGUGAAUUGGAGGAUCUCGAUAAGGGUAAAGGAGUCCACACGACAACCAUUAAGCUAGGCUUGGAAAAUGAUGUCUUCGUGGGUAAUUCUCUUGUUGUAAUGUACUCUGAACUUGGACAUAUAGAUCUUGCUGCAGAUAUAUUUAAGAGACUUGGGCACAAGAAUGUUGUCUCAUGGAACUCAAUUAUUGUUGGUUGUGCACAACAUGGAUGUGGCAAGUGGGCCCUGAUAUUCUUCACGCAAAUGAUACGUGCAGGUGUGGAUCCAGAUGAGAUCACUUAUACUGGGCUGCUUUCUGCUUGUAGCCAUGCUGGGAUGUUACAGAAAGGUAGAUGCUUCUUUGAGUAUGUUAGUAGAUAUAAACCGAAUGAGGUGGAGCUCCGGCAUUAUGCUUGUAUGGUGGACAUCUUGUGCAGACUUGGGAAGUUGGAGGAAGCAGAGAAGUUAGUUCAGAAUAUGCCAAUGAAAGCAACUGCCAAUAUAUGGCUAGCUUUGCUUAGUGCUUGUAGGAUAUAUUUGAACAUACAAGUAGCUGAAAGAGCUGCAAAGAGCAUUUUUGAUUUGGAAUCACAUCGUGCUGCUGCUUAUGUUUUACUGUCUAAUCUGUAUGCUUCUGCUGGUAGAUGGAGAGAUGCAUCAAGGGUGAGAACGAAGAUGAGAGCGGAAAGAAUUGUCAAACAACGAGGGUGCAGUUGGAUAACUUUCAAAGGAAUAAGACAUGAGUUUCUUUCUGGAGACAAGUCCCACCCUCUCAGUGAUAAACUUUAUGAGAAGGUGGACUGGCUGGGCGGGAAGCUGAAGGAAUCUGGAUAUAUUCCUGAUCAUAGGUUUGAUCUGCAUGAUGUUGAAGGUGAGCAGAAGGAAGAAAUGCUAUCGUACCACAGUGAGAGGCUUGCUAUUGCAUUUGGGUUGAUAUGUACAGUGGACGGUACUACAAUAACAGUGAUGAAGAAUCUUCGGGUGUGUGGGGAUUGCCAUUCUGCCAUCAAGAUUAUAGCAAGGAUUGUAGGGCGUGAGAUUGUUUUAAGAGAUUCUAGCCGCUUUCAUCACUUCAGGGAUGGUGUUUGUUCUUGCGGAGACUAUUGGUAGUGCUGGUGCGUUUUUCUGAACCUUUAGACUUUUGCAGGGGCUCUUUGUGAUGUUGGCAUGAAAGGCAUGACAUCACAUUUAUUCAAAAGGCUUAUAGUGCUCGCGAUCAUUUGAGCACUUGGAGCCCCUCGGCAACACAGAAAUAAAUCAAUGAUGCUUUAGCUGACCUCUACUGUUUUCUCAAGUUUCACGGCUGGUGUUCGGAAUUGAAAGACUUCACCAGUCAGCCAUGCUAGACCAACACAUAAAGGAAAAUUGCCUCACACUGGAAACACAUAAAGGAAAAUUGAAGUUAAAGUACAUCAGACUGGAGAAACAGUAACAGUACUUUGGAUGGUUCUCUACAAAUGUUUCAAAUGUAUAUCUUAAUCAAAUUAAUUUUAUAGCCCCCUUGGAUUGCUAUAAUCAUUGAUUAGUGUCAUUAGGAUAUUAUGUGCUUGAUAUAUAUAUAUGGUGUAGUUGUUGUGGGAGGAAGGAGACAUAAGAAAGUAAUUAGCUUAUUAGUGGUAUGUUAUAGGAUAAGAUAAAAAUUUUAAAGUUUUUUUUAUUGGAGUUAGUGUCCAAAAAUUUGGAAAGUGUACCGAUUUGGAAUUUUCCCUUGAAUAUAUGA